CCAGCUGGUCCACUAACCCUUUACCACUUUAAAUCCACAGUGCCAGCCCUGCCUUUAGCACACGUAGUCUGUGUAAAGACAGCUAAUCUGUUAGCUUGUCAGCCGCUAACUCGCUAACACAGUAUUAAAUGGAUGUUGUAUUUGUAGUUAAAAGCUUUUUUUAAGGAAAUAUGAGCCUUCCUAAGGUCCAGAUCCUGCUAGCGUGGGUCCUUGUAGCUGUCGGUCCUGUGUUCUGUUCAGAGGCUGAGACUCGUCUGAUGAAGACACUAUUUACUGGCUACAACAAGGUUGUGCGUCCAGUCAAUCACUUCAAUGAGGCCGUAGUCAUCACUGUGGGCCUGCAGCUAAUCCAGCUCAUCAGUGUGGAUGAAGUGAACCAGAUUGUGACCAGUAAUGUCCGUCUCAGACAGCAAUGGGUAGAUGUGAACUUAAAAUGGAAUCCUGAUGAUUACGGAGGAAUCAAGAAGAUCCGAGUCCCUUCAGCUGACAUAUGGAAACCUGACCUGGUUCUAUACAACAACGCUGAUGGUGACUUUGCCAUCAUCCACGAGACCAAAGUUCUGCUGGAGUACAAUGGGAAGAUAACAUGGAACCCUCCAGCUAUUUUUAAGAGUUACUGUGAGAUCAUUGUCCUCCAUUUCCCAUUCGACCUGCAGAACUGUAGCAUGAAACUGGGAACCUGGACAUACGACGGACUGUUGGUGGUCAUCAACCCAGACAGCGAUCGUCCAGAUAUCAGUAACUUCAUGGAAUCGGGUGAAUGGGUGCUGAAGGACUACAGGAGCUGGAAGCAUUGGGUUUUUUACACCUGCUGUCUCGACACACCAUACCUGGACAUCACUUACCACUUCCUGAUGCUGAGAUUGCCUCUUUAUUUUAUCGUCAAUGUCAUCAUUCCCUGCAUGCUCUUCUCUUUUCUCACUGGACUUGUCUUCUACCUGCCCACUGACUCUGGUGAAAAGAUGACCCUCUCCAUCUCGGUCCUGCUGUCUCUGACCGUCUUCUUGCUGGUCAUUGUGGAGCUGAUUCCGUCCACCUCCAGUGCUGUGCCUCUCAUUGGGAAAUACAUGCUCUUCACCAUGGUGUUCGUCAUCGCCUCCAUCAUCAUCACAGUCAUUGUCAUUAACACGCAUCACCGCUCGCCCAGCACACACACCAUGCCCGCCUGGAUCCGAAAGGUCUUCAUUGAAACCAUUCCCAACAUGAUGUUCUUCUCCACAAUGAAACGUCCCAGUCAGGAGAUCCAACAGAAGAGAUUGUUCCCAACAGACAUGGACAUCUCUGACAUUUCAGGUAAUCCAACACCCACCAGUGUAACAUAUCAGUCUCCCAUCAUUAAAAACCCGGACGUUCGCAGCGCCAUCGAGGGGGUGAAGUACAUCGCAGAGACCAUGAAAUCUGAUGAAGAAUCUAAUAAUGCCGCAGAGGAGUGGAAGUUUGUCGCCAUGGUUCUAGAUCACAUCCUGCUCUGCGUCUUCAUGGCCGUGUGCAUCAUUGGGACACUUGCCGUCUUUGCCGGGAGACUCAUCGAGCUCAACAUGCUGUAGCUGCCGACCAGACUGAUAUGACUGGAUGAGUUCAGGUCGUGUUUGAUCUCCUCCAGACUCCCAAACAUACACACAGCAUGAGUUAAAGUUUUCUCAUGGGUCAAAUGUGUGUGUGAGGUCGCUGCAGUAAAGCAGGUGUCUCGUGAUUCAAAAUGGGUCAUACUUGAAGCAGUCGUUGCAAAUAUUUUUCUAAAAAGUGUUUGUAGUUUGUUUUUCUAGGCGGAAACGGACAUUAAUGCAACUUGAAAAC